ACACGGCCCCAGCACCGUGCCCUAGGUGAAUUAUGGAGUCUCUGCCAGAUGACGGAUGUGCAUAUAGAGAUAUAGAGCUGACGGAGGAUAAGAAGCUGCGUAUCAAGGAGUUCUCGCUCUUAGAGGACGAGGCGGGCGCGGUGGUGUGGGAUGCGGCGCUGGUGGCGGCCCACUACCUGGCGCACCGGGCCGCACAGGGCCGCUGCCUGGUGUCGGGGCGGCGUGUGUUGGAGCUGGGGUCGGGCACGGGCGCCCUGGGUCUGGCGGCUGCGGCGCUGGGCGCCCGCCACGUGGCCCUGACCGACCUGCCGCACCUGGUGCCGUACAUGAGGGAGAACGUGCAGCUCAACGGACUGGGUGCCACCGCGGAGGCGGCGGCGCUGGUGUGGGGGGACGCGGCCUCGCUGGCGGAGGCACGGCGGAGCUGGCUGCCGGCGCCGCCACACGUGGUGCUGGCGUCGGACGUGGUGUACACGCCCGAGGGCCGCCAGGCGCUGUUCGCCACCCUGGCCGCCGUCAUGGUGCCGCCGCGCUCCACAGCAGCAGCAGCAGCACGCGGCAGGGCAGCAGCAGAAGCGGCAGCAGGCGGUGGCGGCGGCGGCAGCGGCAGGGCAGCAGCAGUAGCAGGCGGUGGCGGCGGCGGCAGCCCUGCGGAGGCAAAGGCGGAGCCAGGCCCGGAGGACGAGGCAGCGGCGGCGGGGGCGGCGGCAGCCUGUGGGUCAGGCGCUGCGGCUGCUCAGCCGGGGCCGGACCCAGCUGGGGAGCCGCAGCCGGGCAGCGGUGGCGGCGAGGGCGGCGAGGGCGGCAGGGGCGAGGUCGCUGAUGGGCCGGGGGGGCAGGGGGGGCAGGGGGGGCAGCGGGAGGAGGCCGAGGCCGCGGCCUGGCUGUGCGGCAGUGGCGAUGUGGUGGGCGGCAGUGUGGCGGUGCUGGCGUUCGAGGAGCGCCCGGGAGUGGAGGAGGUGCCGGCGCUGUGCGAGGCGUACGGCCUGGCGUGUGUGGAGGUGGAGCCCGAGGAGCUGCACCCGGACUGGUGCUGCCCCGAGAUCCAUGUGCUGCUGCUGCAGAAGCAGCGGCAGUAGCAGGCGGCAGUAGCAGGCGGCAGUAGCAAGUUGUAGGCGGCAGCCAAAAGCACAUACUAGUAAUGGCUGGGGCGGGAAGGAACAGGGUUGUGUCUGGAGGUACCGUGUUGCCACGCGUGUUUCGUGACCGCCAGAAUUUGUCAAGUCCACGCAAUCGGUAGGAGGUGCAGGGAGGUGAACAUGGCCAGACUGUGUUUUGCCCGGCCCGUUUUGCACAACUGGUGCGCGCGUGCACGCGCCCGACAUGCUGCACACAUGCUGGGUGGGCUGCUGCAAAUGCAUGUGCGUGUGCGAAGCUGCACUGGGCUCAUUGGGCGCGAGCACGUACUCGGCACACGUGUCCGGGCCAAGUCACGAGUUCAGGUCCACGGUGACAACCCCGCCCGCCUUUGGUGUGUACAUUUUUAGUGAUUCCUUGUAUCACGUGUAGCAGUAUGGUAGCCAGGCCUGAGCGCGCGCGCCCCCUGCUGCUGCAUGGCGUGACUGGGGCGACUGGAGCGUGUGAUAUCCCACACGCAUCGGAGCGCGGAGGAACCGAGGGGCAUGAACACACACGGUGACACGAGGCAUGCAUGCCAGGCGGCCGGGUCCCGGCGAUGUGGGCGUCUGGGUGUGCGCUCGUGCCCGAUGGCACACCGCCCCGGACUGUGCCCCGGCAUCGGAGCAGAGCCAAGAGGCUGGGCUUGCGUGGGUGCAGCAGCUGACCGCAGCGGAGCCUGCUCGGAACACACCCACAUGCAGGCUUCCACACACAACUGGAAUGGGGCAGGUACACGCACCGGCCCGGCGGCCCGCAACGCCUUGUAGGCACAACACCAGCACACAGUGCGCUCUCCUGGGUGGCCUGUGGGACCUGAUAUGCCCGCCUGACUGGGCCGCACAACGUCCAUGCGUAAGCUCAAUUGAAACAGUUGGAGAGAGGGCAUAUCUGGGUGCUGGGCACCCUUGCUUGGUCGGGCUGUCCCUUCUUGUAAUGUCGCAUUCAU